AUGGCUGAGGACCAGGAAUCAUUGACCUUCAAGGAUGUGGCUGUGGACUUCACCCUGGAGGAGUGGGGCCAGCUGGGGCCUGGCCAGAGGGAGCUGUACCGGGAUGUGAUGCUGGAGAACUACCGGAACCUUCUUUCCCUGGGGGCCGGGCCUCCUGGGUCCAAACCUGACGUGAUAUCCCGUCUGGAGCGAGGGGAGGAGCCCAGAAUGGAGAAGAGGGAAGCCCAGCUAGCUGCCUGUCCAGCCUUGGAUACCAGCUCUGCAACACCUCAGGAGACACUUCUGAGAGAGAGCGUUUCUGAAGAGGCUACUUCCCCUGUGGGAAAGAAGGAGGGGGUUUUAAGGGUAGUGCUUGGAGAUGCCAGGCUGGGAGGAUCCUGGGCCUGGAGCUGUCAGUUGGAGGACCAGGGAAAGCAAGAGAGGCGUUUGAGGUGUUUGUUUGCUCCUCGCAAGGAAACCAUCUGUGGGGAGAGAGACAUGGGGUGUCUCGAGCUGGGGCAGAGCUUCAGACAGACCUCAGCCUUCAUCAAGAAGCAAAGAGGGCCAGUGGGAGAGAGAACUCGGAAGAGGAAUGGACCAAGAAAGAUCCUGAAAUGCCAAAGGACCUUCAUAGAAAAGAAGCCAUUUAACUGCAUAGAAUGUGGGAAAACCUUCAUUUACCAUUCAGACUAUAUUCUGCACCAGAGGAUUCACACAGGAGAGAAACCCUACAAGUGCAAUGAUUGCGGGAAGGCAUUCAGCAACAGCUCAUAUUUCAUUCAGCACCACAUCAUACACACGGGAGAGAAGCCCUACGUGUGCGGUGAGUGCGGCAAGACCUUCACUCAGAGCUCAUCGCUUACUGAGCAUCAAAGGAUCCACACUGGAGAGAAGCCAUACAAAUGCAAGGAAUGUGGGAAGGCUUUCACCCAGAGCUCCUCCCUCAUUAAACACCAGCGGUGCCAUACUGGGGAAAAACCCUAUAAAUGCGACCAGUGCGGGAAGUUCUACUCACAGGUGUCCCACCUCACCCGCCACCAGAAAAUCCACACAGGAGAGAAGCCCUACAAAUGUGCUGAGUGUGGCAAAGCCUUCUGUCACACUUCCUCCUUGACUCAGCACCAGACCAUCCACACCGGAGAGAAACCCUACAAAUGUAACGAGUGUGGGAAAACCUUCAGCCACAGCUCAUCCCUCUCCCAGCACCAGCGAGUUCACACGGGAGAGAAACCCUAUGAGUGCUCCGAGUGUGGCAAGGCCUUCAGCCACAGUUCAUCCCUGACUCAGCAUCAGAGAAUUCACACUGGUGAGAAACCCUAUGAGUGUAAUGAGUGUGGGAAGGCUUAUACACAGAUUUCCCACCUCAUGAGGCACCAGAGUGUUCACAUGGGAGAAAAACCCUAUAUAUGUAAUGAAUGUGGAAAGGCUUUCAGUCACACCUCGUCCUUCACACAACACCAGACAAUUCACACUGGUGAGAAGCCCUACAAAUGUAACGAAUGUGGAAAAACCUUCAGCCAGAACUCUUCGCUCAUCCGCCACCAGAGGAUUCACACUGGGGAGAAGCCUUAUGAGUGUAAAGUUUGCAGGAAGUCCUAUACCCAGAUUUCCCACCUCAUCCAACACCAGAGGAUUCACACUGGAGAGAAGCCUUAUGAGUGCAGCGACUGUGGGAAAGCCUUCAGCCGGAGCACACACCUUAUCGAGCAUCAGAAAAUCCACACGGGCGAGAAACCCUACAAGUGCAGAGAAUGUGGGAAAACAUUCAGUCACAACUCCUCCCUCACCCAACAUCAGAGAAUUCACACUGGCGAGAAACCUUAUGCCUGUAAGGAAUGCGGGAAAGCCUUCAACCAGAGCAUCCACCUUAUUCAGCAUCAAAGGACCCAUACCGGAGAGAAGCCCUAUAAAUGUAACAACUGUGGAAAAACCUACACCCAGAUUUCACACCUUAUUCAACACCAGAAGGUUCACGUGGGUGGAAAACGCUAUGUGUGUAAGGAAUGUGGGGAGGAUUUCAGCUGGAGUUCACACCUGACCAAACACCGGAGGCUUCACACUAUGCACAGCACCUACGUCUGCAAUGAUUUUGAGAAAGCCUUUGCAUGGAGCACACAGCUUGCUGAUAUUCCGAGAACUCUCGCUGACCAGAAAGCCUAAGAAAUUAGCAGGUGGGCGAUUCUGAUGCUGGGU